CUCCUCACGACGAACCAUAGACCGAACCGUGGGUACACUCAGCUAGUUUGGGGGUUGGUUGGAGCGAUGCGUGGAGGGCCAUGAUGGUCGUGAGCCCAAGAUACAAGCGCAUGAUGCGCGUUGCCGCGCGAUAAGCCACCAGCCUAUCCCCAAAAAAGCCCUAGCGCAUUCUUUGCACGCGAACGUUUUAUGAGACGGUUGCGAUCAAGCACCCCGAAGGGACUCCGCGAACGAUAGAAACUCACCCGGAACAGCCCCGAACGAUCGAACUCACCUCGAACGAGCGGUCCGCCACGAACGAGCGAGCCACCACGAACGAGCGAGCCGCCACGAACGAGCGGUCCACCACGAAUGAGCGGUCCACCAAGGAGCCCAUAUCGAUGAACGGAAAGAAGGAGCAUAGUGCUUUCCACUGGGUUUCAACAUGCUACUGGAGGAGGCAAUCAGCAAGAUAAAUGAGCAGCACGGAGGAACAGAACACCUGGCCAUCAGCAAUACAAUCUUCCGCCGCGUUGUAACUCUUCUUGCAUUGAAAGUUGCAGCCACGUUCUUGAACCGCAAGAGCGCAGUUGUUCCACUCUCCAAGCAUUUCAUCAUCAAGACGGGGCCAUUCGUUCACCUGACAGAAGCCACAACCAUGAAAUUUGUCGCUGAGAAUACCUCGCUGCCAGUUCCUAAGGUCUAUUGUUCAUUUGUUCACAAGAAUCGUGCCUACAUUGUCAUGGAGAGAAUUCAGGGCAAGACCAUUCCGAAUGCCUGGGGGCAGCUGUCCAAAGAAUCUCGCGGAAAAGUCUUUGGGCAGUUAAAGCACAUGUUAGACGAGCUACGAGCAGUCAAACCGACCAAUCCAACGAGAGUAGAAAGUUGUGCAGGCGGUUCUCUGCGCGAUUGUCGCAUAGCCCACUGCAUUCCUCGCAUGGGACCUUUCGAAACAACGCAAGAAUUUCAUCUCUGGCUUAGGCAAGGCCUUCGGCCUUCAGAGACAGACCACCAGGUCAACCAAGACUGGUUGGACCUUGUUGACAUGGUUGAAAGGCAGGAUGGACCAUGGCCGCCGACAGUGCUAACUCACGGCGACUUGAACCCGUUCAAUAUCCUCAUUCGCGGAGACACUGUUGUUGGAAUAAUUGAUUGGGAGUGUUCAGGCUGGUAUCCAAAUUACUGGGAGUAUACUUCCGCGUGGUUUGGCAACCAGACAAGAGGGGAAUGGCAAGGCGACCUUCACAAGUUUCUCGAUGCAUACCCAGAAGAUCUUCAGAUGGAGCGGACUCGUCAGAAAUGGUGGGGAGAGAUUUAGUCAUGUGGCUAAGGGUAGUUGUCGGGGUAUAUAUUGGUUUAACCCGCCCAAAUGCACCUACGGUGCAUUACUGCUGUCUUUUUGGCCUAUGUACAGGCAGGGUAGCAGGGCUGGUACCUCACAGUAGUACUUGGCUGGCGGAACUAUGAUGCUAUCUCCUCGUUGUUGAGCAAGUCGAAGGUCGGCCUUGGCUUUGCGAGUUCUGCGGCGUUCUGAUAACGAC